AAAAGCUAACGAGCUUCAGUUACACAGGGAUCUUGGUAGUAAGCGAAGUCCAUAAGACGAUGGUACGUCUUAUUCGUUUGAUUCUCCACGCAUUGCUACGCCCUUUUUUACUGGAUCCGUAAUGAAAGCACUCCUAGAUCUCUCGAAGUCAUGGUUUCGCCCCAAGACAGUCACUAGCAUCUUCUUCCAUACUAAAUCUACUUCUUACCGAUCCGAAACCCAUCUAAUUUCUCUUAUUCAUGCCUCAAGAACUAGCCGGCAACUCCGAGAAAUUCAUGCUCAGAUACUCAUUUCCAACUUAUUCUCAAGCAGUCGAGUUACAACCCAGUUCAUAUCUUCCUGUUCUCUCCUGAAAUCCAUUAAUUAUGCAUUUGCGAUCUUUGAGCAGUAUCAGGAUAAAAACUUGUUUGUUUGCAAUGCUUUGAUUCGUGGGCUUUGUGAAAAUGACGAGUUCGAAGGUGCAAUUUCAUUUUUUGGUCUCAUGAUGAGGUUGAAUGUUAGGCCCGACCGGCUAACGUUUCCAUUCAUCCUAAAGUCAGCCGCGGCUUUGGUCGCGGGCGAUCUCUGCGAUUGUCUUCAUGGGGCGAUUUUGAAAUUUGGCGUGGAAUUUGAUAACUUUGUUAGAGUUUCCUUGGCGGAUAUGUACGUUAAAGUAGAGAAGUUGGGUUCUGUACUAAAACUGUUUGAUGAAACGCCGCAGACUGUGAAGCGUGGAAGCAUAUUGUUGUGGAAUGUUUCUAUUAAUGGAUGUUGUAAAAUGGGAGAUUUGGACAAGGAGAGAACUUUUGAAGGUAUGCCUGAAAAAAAUGUUGGGUCUUGGAAUACCUUAAUAAAUGGGUUUGCAAAAAAUGGCGAUAUGAAUGCCGCAAGAGAGCUAUUUAAUCAAAUGAAGGAGAAGAAUGUGGUCUCAUGGACCACAAUGGUAAAAGGUUUUUCUCAAAAUGGAGACCAUAGAGAGGCAUUGUCAUUUUUCUCUAAAAUGCUUGAAGAAGGCGUGAAACCGAAUGAUCUUACUAUUGUUUCUGCUCUAUCAGCUUCUGCAAAAAUUGGUGCACUAGAGGCUGGAAUUCGAAUUCACAAUUAUAUCUCAAAUUGUGGUUUCUUCAUCACUAAAGCAAUUGGAAAUGCUCUAGUGGAUAUGUAUGCCAAAUGUGGGAACAUUGAGGCCGCAAGUGAAGUGUUUUCUAACAUGAAACAAAAAGACCUUCUUGGUUGGAGUACUAUGCUAUGGGGAUGGGCAAUCCAUGGUCACCAUGGGCAAGUUCUGCGGUGCUUUGAAUUGAUGAAGUCUAAAGGCGUGAAACCUGACUGUGUUGUCUUCCUCGCCAUCUUAACUGCAUGCUCACACACAGGGCAAGUAGAUGAAGGGUUACGCUUCUUUGACAGGAUGAGAUAUGAGUAUGCCAUUGAGCCAACAAUGAAACAUUAUGCAUUAGUCAUAGAUCUUUUAGGUAGAGCAGGUAGACUAGAUGAAGCAUUUGAGUUCAUCCAGAGCAUGCCAAUGGCUCCUGAUUUCGUCAUAUGGGGAACGCUAUUUUGUGCUUGUAAGGCUAACAAAAAUAUCAAAAUGGCAGAAUUAAUAUCAAACAAACUCUUGCAGCUUGAACCAAAGCACCCUGGAAGCUAUGUCUUUUUAUCAAACGUUUAUGCCACAGUGGGGCGAUGGGAUGAUGUAGAGAGAGUAAGAGUUUUGAUGCAAAGCAGUGGAGCAGGAAAGGAUCCUGGAUGGAGUUAUAUUGAAGUAGAUGGCCAAGUUCACAGUUUUGUUGCCGGAGAUCAAGAUCAUAAGCAUGCUAAAGAGAUAUAUGGGAAAUUAGAGGAAAUAAUGGCAGGAGCUAGGAAAGAAGGUUAUGUGCCUGAAACUGAUUGGGUACUUCAUAAUAUUGAGGAGGAAGAGAAGGAAGAAUCAUUAGGAAGGCAUAGUGAGAAAUUGGCUCUUGCUUUUGGUCUCAUCAGUACUGCUCCAAGGGCGACCAUUAGGAUUGUGAAGAACUUGAGAAUAUGUGGCGAUUGCCAUUUUAUAAUGAAAUAUGCUAGCAAAAUGAGCCAGAGGGAAAUUAUACUGAGAGACCUAAAGAGAUUUCAUCAUUUUAGGGAUGGUACUUGCUCAUGUGGAGAUUUCUGGUGACAUUUGAAGCAUAUUGCAUAUUGAAAAUAACAUCUUAUUACAUGUGUUAAACUGAUUAGCGUCUCUUUAUUUGCCUCAAAUGAAGAAUUGGGCACAUUAUUUAUCGGAUUUGAAUAUCAACUUAUUUAUGAUGCUUUGUUGA